GAGGAAGGGGGCGGAGCAUCCGCGCGCCGACCAAUCAGCGGGCGCGGGGCGGGGCCUGAGGAGCGACGCCUCUUUUGGCGGGUUCUCCCGCUCCACCCCCUCCCUUCAUUCUCCGUGUGACGUCACGAGGGGGCGGGGCCGGGGCGCAGCCUCGUGAUGAGGGGCGGGGCCAGAGGGACCCCUAUAGGGGCUAUAGGAGCCCGGCCGCGCCCCCGCAGGGUCCCAAGGGCCAUAGGGGACCCUAAAUGUCUCUGGGAGCCCCAGAUGAGCCCUAGGAGCCACCGGCACACCAGGGGUGCUUUAGGGCACCACAGAAGUUCUAUAGGCACCACCAAAAGACCCAUAUAGGAUCUGUAAGGACACCCAAAAUCUCCACAGUGGCUUCUCAGAGGCUCUACAGGGUGUCUAGAACCCCCCCCAGAUACGCUGCAGGGGCAAUAGGGACUCCAAAAAGCCCCACAGAGCCCCUAAACAGCCCCUCCAUGGAUCCUCAGGCUCCCACAGGAGCCCCCCCAAAGUGCCCCAGGGGAUCUUUACGCCCCCACCUCGUGCCCAGCCCAGGGGCCGGGCUCCAGCCCAGGGGUGGGGCCUGGGCCCUGAAAACCCCCCGAGAUCCCCUCCGAGCCCCACACACCUGAGACCCUCCCCCAGGACCCCGAUGGCACCUCCACCACCCCCCGGCCACCUCAGCCUGGCCCGUGGGGUGCAGCCCCCCCUGUACCAGGACGCUGUCGCUCGUCGGGCUCUGCGCCCCGCCCUGCUCAGGAGCGUUUCGGUGCCGGCCGAGCCCCCCGCGCCCCCCGCCAUGGAUGUCACCUACGCCGUGGUCAACAAACCCCGCCGGGGGGGCGGGGCCGCGGGGAGAGGCCCCUCCCCCUUGGACAGAGACCACGCCCCCUUCGCAAGAGACUCCGCCCCCUCGGGCACGUGCUCGCUGCCGGGCAGCCCCGUGCGCCGCCCCUCCCCCAGCCCGGCAGGAUCCCCCAGACCCACGGAUGGCGCCUACGAGGUCGUGACCCCCCCUGCAGACCCCAGCAGCAGCCCCUGCCUUGGGUUUAACUCCCGCAUUGGGAAGCCCAAGGGCCCACGGGACCCCCCGGCUGAGUGGUCCCAGGUGUGAGGGGGGGCCCAGAUCCCUGAGCUCCCCCACCACCCACUACAGAGGAGGGGCUGCAGCAAAACCUGACCAAUCCUGACAGAACCCAAGAUAGAAAAAAACAAUUUAUUAUAACAAAUAAAAACCGAUUGCAAGACA